AUGCUGAGGGAUUUCAAACUCCCACGCCGAAACCCUGGAAAAAACGAAGAACCGGAGAAUGUGGAUCCUUUGGACUCAUCCACCACGGUUCAGAGGCACGCGGAAGGUUCUAGAUCUCCGUUGCACACAAUUCAAGAACCUGAUGCGCAUUGCGUGAGCAAGAUUGAGAGGACUCCUUCGAAGGCCAACAACAAAGCUCGCGGAGGAGCUGAGCUUCGCACGCCGGAUAAGCACGGAGGAGGUAGCAUGCUGUGGAAACACCGGUUCGGCUGGAAUCACAAGAACGACGCGGUUUCCUCGUUCGGUGACGAUAGGAGAGGACCUAGUUUUGGGAAUGUGACUCCUCGCGUCCCUCGCACUGUGGGGAGAGCUUCUUCGAGUGUCACGGCUUGUUCCGAGAGCAACUCCACGCAGAGCACUCCGACUAAGAGUGUGACUAAGCCGCCUCCGAGUUCAAGUGUUCGGAGCAAAGCUGAUGGAGGAGGCUUCAGUGCUCGUUUGGGGAAUUAUGCUGCAUUGUAUAAAGGGGUUCCCAGUUCGGCUUGCCUGACUCCCACGGUUGUGAACACGGUCGAAGUGCCUCACUUUGAUCUCAAGGAAGAUUCUUCGUUUUGGAUUAACCACAAUGUACAGGUUAUUAUUCGUGUUCGUCCUCUCAAUAGCAUGGAGCGAUGUACACAAGGAUACAACAGAUGCCUGAAACAAGAUAGCUCUCAGAGCAUUAGUUGGAUUGGGCAUCAGGAAAACCGGUUCACCUUUGAUCAUGUUGCAUGUGAAACCGUAGACCAGGAAAUGAUUUUCAGAUUGGCUGGUCUUCCAAUGGUAGAGAACUGCCUUUCAGGAUAUAAUAGUUGUAUGUUUGCGUAUGGACAGACAGGAAGUGGGAAAACAUAUACAAUGCUCGGUGAAAUUGAAGAUUUAGAUGUGAAGCCUAGUCCCCAUCGUGGAAUGACUCCACGAAUAUUUGAGUUUUUGUUUGCCAGGAUCCAAGCUGAAGAGGAAAGCCGAAGAGAUGAGAACUUAAAAUACAAUUGCAAGUGUUCUUUCUUGGAGAUUUACAAUGAACAAAUUACCGAUCUACUUGAUCCCUCCUCUACUAAUUUGCUGGGAUCUGCAAAUAGAAAAGUUGCCGCAACAAAUAUGAACAGAGAGAGCAGUAGGUCCCAUAGUGUUUUUACAUGUGUAAUUGAGAGCACAUGGGAAAAGGAUUCUACAACUAAUUAUCGUUUUGCAAGGUUAAACCUGGUUGAUCUUGCUGGCUCUGAAAGACAGAAGACUUCUGGUGCUGAGGGGGAGCGUUUAAAAGAAGCUGCUAACAUCAAUAAAUCAUUAUCUACAUUGGGUCAUGUUAUUAUGAUAUUAGUGGAUGUAGCAAAUGGGAAGCAGAGGCAUAUCCCGUAUAGAGACUCCAGACUAACGUUUCUUCUUCAGGACUCUCUUGGUGGAAACUCCAAAACAAUGAUCAUUGCCAAUGUUAGCCCUUCUAUCUGCUGUGCCACUGAAACAUUGAAUACACUUAAAUUUGCUCAGAGAGCAAAACUUAUUCAGAAUAAUGCUGUGGUGAACGAAGAUUCUACUGGGGAUGUAAUAGCUUUACAACAUCAAAUUCGGCUUUUGAAG